GUUAUUGCUCGCCAAAUUUAUUAAGCUGCUAUUGAUUAUUUACCAAGACAUAAAAAUUAAUAAAAAGUAUUUUCUUUUAGAGUCUUAGAAAGAUUCGCUAAUAUUUUUUCUUGUAGUGAUACUUUUCUUUAUUAAAUGAUAGUCUCUGGUGGGAGCUGAAUGGAUAUCAAAAUGACUAAUUACACACCAGUAAAAAUUGCUUACAAGAAGUUUGAGCCUUCAGGAGGAAGCAAUGACAAGUUAGCACCAGUAAUUUUUUUGCAUGGCCUCACUUCUUCAAAAGAAUCGUGGAACGUUAUAGCACAGAUCAUAGCUGACAAAACUAAAAGGAAAACUUACGCCUGUGAUGCAAGAAACCAUGGAGAAAGUGAAUAUUCUGAACAUUUCAAUUUCGACCUAAACGUUGAUGAUCUAUUUCAAUUUAUGAAUGACUUGAACAUCGAAAGAGCCGUUUUAGUUGGUCACAGUAUGGGAAGUUUCACCUCCACAAAUGCUGCGCUUAGAAAGCCUGAAAGAGUAGAAAUGGUAUUUUCGGAGGACAUGUACGUAAAGAAACUUCCAAAAGAAGUAACAGAUUCUGUUAUACGCUACGCAUCAGAUUUUUGUGAAGCUGUAAAAAGUGUUCCAAAAGAUUUAAGUGAAAAUGAAGCUCUUAUAAAAGCUGUGAAAACUUUAAGCAAGAAUAAUAAAGAAGUUGGGGUAUAUAGCUCAGAAGAAUCUUUAAAGUCAUCGAAUUUUGUCUUGAAGAGAAGAUCAGAUGGAGGAUAUGACGUAGCUUUCAAUAGGGAUCCAAUAAUUAGAGCAUUUCAAGAUCCAGAAACAUUAAUGACUAGUCCUAGUGGUCAAUUUAAUGGCCAUGCUUAUUUCAUAUAUGGGAAAGACUCGCCCAUUCGCGUGAUAUCUGAAGAAACACACAUCAAGAAACAUUUCCCGAAAGCUGAAUUUAUUGAAUUGAAAUGUGCAUCACACAGUGUUCACUUGGAAUUAACAGAUCAAUUUCUUGAAACAGUUUUGAGCCGAUUACAAUGAUAACAAUAAUGUUAAUAUUCUGUGUAUAUUAAAAAUGCAUUGUUACAAUCAA